GUCUUGACUAUUUUAUUUGAAUAUCAUUUUGUUACCUUAUUUCAAUUUUUUAAGUUGAAAUAUUUGAAAUGUGAAUGAAUAAAAUCUAAAAUCAUAUAAUAUAUAAUGGUAAAUAGGUAGUACUCUACAUAUAUUAUACCUGUUAAAUUUUGUUUAUGUUUUCUUCUCUAACCUUCAAAAUGUACAAAAACAAUUAUAUAUUUGUAAAUAUUAGAACAAUGAAGUAGAAUAGCACAGUUUGUAUUUUAUAAUUUUAUCUUUCUAAUUAAUUGAUCACAACUGGAAUAAUGUAUGAAUAGGCAUGCAAUUAGACUUGUAAAUAUAAUAAUGGCAUUUUCAUUUCGUAUUGGCACCAAAUGGUGUCAUGAUUUUCCAAAAUUGGCAAAAGAAUCUGGAUUUUAUUUCAAUAUGCACAGAUCCAGAGUACGUGUAGAUUGGAAUCGUAUAAGUAAUAUAGACAUAGAUCGAAUUAUAAGAGAAAGAGAUUUCCAUUCUAUCGAUGAUAAUAUAAUUAAUGUAAUAGAUUACUGUUUAGAAAGUGAAUAUGAUGUUAAAAUCUUGGAUCCUAAUUUUGUAAAACUCUUUUGUCUUGCACAGUUAGCAGUUGAAUAUUUAUUAUAUUGUAAACAGUAUUUAGAUCACAGUGUAAUGAUACUAAAAGAAGAGCUAAGAUCAAAAAUUGAAGAAAAUGUUAAAUUGAAGAAAGAAAUAGCUGCUUUAGAAGAAAUCAUAAAACAUAUGAAAGAGAAAGCAAAAGAGAGAAGCAGAUUAAUAGAAACUAAAAUUGGAGACACUAAUGGUGAAAUUUAUAAAUGCCCACAUUGCCCAAAAUCUUUUAUAACUCCCAUGUUUGUAAGUGCACACAUUAUACGUCGUCAUGCGUAUGCAUCAGAUUUAUACAUGCCUGUUUCUCCUGUACAUGAACACUAUCGCAGUGAAACUGAAAAAUUACAUAAUGAAAUAAAAAAUUUAAAAGAAAGACUGAAUGAAACAGAAAAAAUAAUUAAAAAUGAGUCUGAAAGGUUUCCUGAGAAAAAGUUAUUAAUUUAUGAUAAAAGACAAGCUGAAAAUGAAAAUGAAAAUUUUAAAUGUAAUAAUAAUAAGUCUAAAGAUCAUUCAGAUUAUAAAGGAUAUCAAGAAGAAAUAAAAAAUUUAAGGACUAUGCUGUUUGAUGAAAUAAAUAAUUUAAGGCAAAAGGAAAAAAUCACACAUGAACAUAUAUCUGAAACAAAUGUCCAAACGUUAAUAAAUCAGCAGGAAAAAGAAUUUCAAAAGCUAAAAAAUCAAUUGCUUGACAAGCUUACUCCAGACAUAGAAAGCAUGCACGCAAAAUUACAAGCUCAAGAAAAUUAUUGGAAAUCAAAAAUAGAAUAUUUAGAGAAUCAACAUCAAAAAGAUAUUGAGAGGCUUACCACAGAAUUAAAAUUAACACAAAGUACAGCUGAUGAUAUGAAAGCUAAGUAUGAAGCAAAAGUUAAUGAUUUAGAACGUCAAACCGCAAAUCAAUCUGAUAUUUUAAUAGAACAAAGCAAACAAUUAAAUUCUCUAUCACAGGAAAUAAAUGUUUCACAAUUAAAUGACAAAAAUAAAGAUUUUGAAAAUAACUCAUUGAGAAAAAGUAGUCCAUCUAUAACAUUAAAUAAACCUAAUGAAAUUCUAAAAAUGCCAAACGAAUCUGCUUUAAAACAAAAUGGAACAGAUAAAAAACCUGAACAAAUUGUUAUUGAGAAUAAUAUAAUAGAUACUACAAUAACUUCAAGUCUAUCAAGUAAAGUGUUUCCAUUAACAACAGAAAAUGAUUGUAUAAAAAAUAUUUCAAGUUCCAGAAACAAGUAUACUAUUCAUGAAAAUGAAAGAAAUAUUAAAAAAAAAGAUAUAAAAAAUACAAAUAGUACAAUAUCUGAUCAUGUAAAAAUUCAUAUUGAGAAAGAUUUAGAAUAUUACAGUUCAAGUAAUGUUUCGGAUUCAGAAAUGCCUGAGAAAGAAAAUAGUUAUAAACAUUCUAAAUACAAUCGCUCAACCAUAAAAGCUGUCGAAUCUGAUACAGGUAAACUACAGGAUGUUGAUAAAAGCAUAUAUAAUGAGUUUUUAGAUACCAAAAUAUCAGAACGUUCAGAAACUAAUCUAUCUUCUGCAACAAAUUCAGAAUCAUUUAUUUCUGAUUCAAGUACUGAAGAAAGUGUUGCAAUCCAUAAUAAUUCCUCAUUACAUAAAUAUAAAACACAUUUAUCUAAAAACAUAACAGGACACAAUUUAUUUUAUAAAAGACUGCAAACUAGUUUAAUAGAAACUUUUGAACAGAAAUUAAAAGAUUUAGGGAUAGAUCCAGAAUGGCAAGGAAUACCAAAAGCAACAUUUAAACAGAAAAUGGAUAUUUUAAAGCAUCAUCACAAAUUAGCUACAAAAAAGUCACCAAAAUAUCAUCAGAUAAAAUUAAAAAUAAUUAAGGAAGUUCUUAAUAAGAUAUCUAAGAAGAAAAAAAUUACAGAAGACGUAAAACAAUUACAAAAAUCACCUGUAAAUAGACCAAUAACUAAUGUUAAGUCAAUGGUGGUAAAAGAAUUUAAUGUUUUACAGGAUUCUGACUACUAUAUUUCUACACCACAAGCAAUUAAAUCAAAUAAAUUUCAUUCUACACCAGAAAAUAAAGAUUCUGUUAAAAAUAUAAUUGAUAAUGAAUUAAUCCCUACAAAAGUUGCAAAACUUACAAAUUUUAAAAGUAUAGAAAAAUUAAUACAGUUUUCUCCUAAUUCAAAAUCUGUGGAAAAUGUACAACAUACAAAUUCUCAGGAGCUUUCAAUAAGAAGAGAUUCCUUAAACAAAAUAAAAUCUUUAUUUAGUUCUGAAACUGUUAAAAUAAUACCAAAUGACAAAGAUGUAUCUAGUAAUAAAUCUAUUGGAAACGAUAAUACAGAUCAUUCAAAUAUGCAACGGGAUUUACAAAAUAUUUUUAUAUCUCCAAAACAUAAUAAAAGUGUUCUAAAAUCUACAACUGGUUCAACAGGUAGCUUGACAAAGAAAAAAGUUAUAUUUGAUUUAACAAAUAAUGAAGAUGAAGUUUCAUCUUCUAAUGAUGAUACAGAAAAAGAAGAAUUGAAUGAGAGUAAUUACAAAACUUUGAGUAUCACUGAUGAAAAAGAACAUUUGUCUCAACCAGAGGAUUAUAAAAGUUCAAAUAAUAUUGUAUUAAGGACAACACAAAGUGAUAAAAUUGCAGAAUUAUCAAAGAAACUUGAAGCACAACUUAAUAUGGUAAGACAGAAGCCUAUAGGAUCAAUUGAAACAAUAUUCUCAUCAACAUACAUGCAAAAUAGAGAGAAUCAAAAUAAGAGCAAUGAGCAAAUAAAUGCCACUAGUAUAAGUUCUGUUUUAGUAAAUCCACUUCAAACAUCUAUAUCAAAUACUAAAAGAACGAGUAAUUCGUUACCACAACCAGCUCCACGUAAUUUUAUAGAUAAAACAUCCGAAAUCUUACAUGCAGAAUCUGUAUCAGAAAUAUCAGAUUUAGAGUCUGAUAUAGAUCAAAUUUUAAAGCAAGUUUUACACAGCAGCACUAUUAAUGUGAGAAUUAAAAUUAAAAAAUAUGGACAUUUGUCACUCCUGCUUCGAGAGUUACUUAUCGAACGUGGUGGUUCAAUGAAGGAAUACAAUCACGAGGUAUAUGAAUAGACCAAGCAUCUUAUGGACUUUCGUGGCCCGUGACCUGAAAUACUAACAUAGUAAAAAAUCACUGGUUUUUUAGCGCAUUCUAAAUUUUUAAACAACGGGGAACGUAAAAUACCCUAUCAAUGUAAUAUUUUAGACCCAUUACAGUAUUGUCAAACUUUCAAUACCGAAAUGUAAAACUCGUCUGUGACUAUACCAAGUAAAAUGAUACAAGCAAAAUGUUUAAUUGUAUCUCCAGAUUCCAAAACACGAGAUUAGUAUCUAAAAUUAUUCCAUUUUUUAUUAAGUACUUAUGUGUGUGUCAGAAAGAGCCCUAUUCGUGUUUUACGAAUUUAUCGAUUGGUUUUUCGUUGGAAAUGAUAAAAUUAUUACUUAUAACGGGAUGUUUUAUUUAUUUAUUAUAAUAUACUAAAGGAAAUAUAUUCAGAAUGGAUCUGACAUUUAAUCAAAAAGGAGACAUAGAAAAGAUUAAUCACUUCAUCAAAUCAUAUAUUUUAAAAUAUCCAUCAAAAUCUAAAAUCUAUGGUUUUCGACAAUAUUUACAAAUGCACUAUACGUUAUUAUAAAAGUUCAGUCUAUAAUUUUAGAAAUCAAUGAUCUCCCUAAUAACUCAACAAAACCUUUAAUUACAUAAAAAUUAAAUCGUGAUCACCGCCGAUUAGCUCAUAUCAUUUGUUACAGAACUCAUAAUUGUAUCGUAGGAAUGCAAUUAGUAAUUGUAUCACAAAUAACUUUAAAAUUUUAAUUUACUAUAUGAAAAAACCAUCAUAAUACCCUAAAACAUAGAUAGAACUUUUUCUGAUACAUAGUAGAAUGAUUUCAGUUAACUAUUAGCUUUACAUUUUGAUAUUUAAAAUUUGACAAUAUUGUAAUAGAUUUCAAAAAUCAUAUUUCUGGCGCGUUCAUUACUUGAUCAGCUUCAAUCGUUUUACUUGUGAUUCUCCAAUUUAGCAUUGUUGAAUAAAGUGUGCUGAAAACUAUUUUUUACUAUGUCCGAAUUUCAAAGCAUGGGACACGAAAUCUCAUAAGAUACUUGAUCUAUUUGUACAUCUCGAUGUAUAGAAUAGGUAGUAUAUAUUUUAUAUGCAGAUGUAUGAACACAUAUCACGCUUAUGGAGUCGUGAGAAUUACAUUUAGUAAUUUAUAAUUCAUAUCUUACACUUAAAUGAACAAACAUUGAGUAUAUUUCAUUUUCUUUUUAUCAGUUUCAUGAAACAAAGUGUGGUUUCAAAAUUAUCCCAUACAUUAUUAUCGAUAUGGUAUGUUGCGAAACAUAA